AUGGCUCCAAUCGCAAUUCCCGUUCACGAACACAUCCAGGAGAAGGAUACCGUCCAACCACGGAAGGACUCCUUGGGACUACCCGAGCCAGCUAGAGAGAGGCUCGAAAAAGCGGGUAUCGAUUUGUCGGCCGGCUAUCCAUACAGGCCGGCAAAACCACUUUACCUCGACGAUGUAUACAAGAUUAGGGACUAUGAUCGUGAGCACAUCGAUCCAGGUUCCCGAGCUGAUCCAGAAAAGAAAGCGCUGUUCGGCGCUGCAAAGGAAGUCAUUCAUUUGACUUCGCACAUCGGAACGGAAAUCGUUGGACUUCAACUGAAGGAUCUUACGGACCAGCAGAAGGAUGAGCUUGGUCUUCUGAUCGCCGAAAGAAGCGUGGUGUUCUUCCGAGACCAGGACCUCUCGCCUCAACAACAGAAGAAUCUCGGCGAAUAUUAUGGCGAAAUCGAAGUUCAUCCGCAAGUUCCCUUCGUACCCGGCGUACCAGGAGUGACCGUUCUAUGGCCUGCUCUCCAGGCGACAGAGGUGCCGGCCAGCUUCAGGAAGACAGGCGGAGCAUCUAGGUGGCACACCGAUCUGGUGCAUGAACGCCAACCAGCUGGCGUGACACAUCUCCACAAUGAUACAAUCCCAAAGAUUGGGGGUGACACCCUCUGGGCCUCAGGUUACGCCGCCUAUGAAAAGCUUUCUCCAGAGUUCCGAAAGAUCAUCGACGGCAGGGAAGCAGUGUACCGCAGUGCGCACCCGUACCUUGAUCGUGAAAAUACUAGCGCUGGACCAAAACACAUCGAACGCGUUCAUCCGCUCGUUCGUGUGCAUCCAGCAACCGGAUGGAAAGCACUUUGGGUCAACCGCGCUUUCACUGACCGCAUUGUGGGACUCGAUAAGGCCGAAAGUGAUGUCAUCCUGAACUAUCUCUUCGAUGUGUAUGAGAACAACGUCGACAUCCAGGUCCGAUUCCGAUGGACCCCAGGGACUUCGGCACUAUGGGACAACAGGAUCACCAUCCACAACGCAAGUUGGGAUUACGAGGGGAUCGAGCCGAGGCACGGAACAAGGGUUACGUCCUUGGCGGAGAAGCCAUUCUUCAAAGCGGAUGCACCGACUCGUAGGCAGGCACUGGGUCUUGCGGGACCUGAGGAUGUUUAA